UGCUGCACUCCACUUUUUCUGUUUUUUCCGCCACACAGCAAACCUGCAGUCUCUCCUGUGGGGAAAAGAAGAAAAAAAACAACUACAAAAACCUUCUAAGGAUUUUACUUUUGAUGUUGAUAUUUUUGAUCCAUGUGGUUGAUUUGUCCAGUGUCUGCGAUCAUGACAAGUCUAUGUGACAGCAGGAUGGCACAGCAGGACCGUCAGGGAGAGAAUUUAAAGCUCCAGCAGGAGGAGCAACUUCUUCUUAAAGCUUGGAAAAACAUGUCCUUCGCUCUCCAGCAGCAGACUUUGGAUGGUGACCUCAGACCUUCAGGCCCGGUACAGUCCUUCCUGUCCAAGCAGAGGCAGUCGUCACGCAGAAGGAGGCUGCUGCAGCCCAGAUAGAAGCUUCCUUCCUUCUGGAGGAGCGAGAAACUCAAGGAUGUAUGUAUCCACUUUGCUCUCAGCCUCUUUGUACGAGCU